AUGAAUCGUGUCCGUGAUAUGGUCCUCAGGAAACCUCAAGGUGAACCCUGUGAGGAGGUUGGCAGGGUGAGAGGAAGGAAAAGUAGGAAGAGAAAACUCUCUCCUGAUGAUGGGAAAGUGAAAGAGAGCAAUAGGAGGGUUGUGGAGAUGAAGAACCCAAGAGUUGAACUUAAGGCCAAAUACUUGGAGCUGGGUCAGCUUGGUGGAGGAGGCUGUGGAACAGUGUUUGCUGGCUUCCGCAAAGCAGAUCUUGUUCCUGUGGCGAUCAAGCACAUACCACAGGAAAAUCUUUUAUCCAAACAAGUGUGCCUGAAUGGAAAGAUGCUCCCAACAGAGGUGGCCGUAAUGCUGAAACUAACAGCAGAGAAAAAUGGCUUUGUGGGGACGUCAGCACCAGUAUCAUUACUGGACUGGUAUGACCUGGGCCUUGAGUUGGUCGUGGUAAUGGAGAGACCUGUCCCUGCCAUUGACCUCUCCACAUAUAUAAAGCACAAAAAAGGCUCUCUACAGGACGAGAAGGCCAAGACCAUAAUGAAGCAGCUGGUGGACGCAGCCAUUGGGCUGGAGCAGAACGGAGUCUUUCACCGGGACAUCAAACCUGAAAAUAUCCUGAUUGAGACUGGCCAAAGUGUUCCAAGGGUUCGCCUCAUUGAUUUUGGGCUGAGCUGCCUCGUGAAGGAAGGCUCAUUUUACAGCGUUUUCUUUGGCACUGAAAGGUACGCCACUCCAGAGUAUUGCAGCUCUUCUGUCUACAGGGCUGGUCCAAGCACAGUCUGGCAGCUUGGCACAGUCAUGUAUGAGAUGCUCCACAAUCAGGAAUUCAUCACCAAACGCUUCCUCAGUAAAAAACUGAGAAUCAGCAGCGAACUAUGCCAAAACCUCAAGGAUUUCCUCCAGCUGUGUCUGGAGAAGGACCCUAUGCUGCGUCCCACCCUGACAGAGCUGCAGCUUCACCCUUGGCUGAAAGAAACACUGCCUCCUAACACUGACGAAACACCUGAUCUCAGCAGUGGAAUUAAUGUAUAA